UGUUUGGCUGUCGGUUGUACUGCAAUGGCAGACACGUUAGGCAAGGUUUCUGAUGUGGAGAUCGAUCCUGAUGGAGUGUUUAAAUACAUUUUGGUAAGGGUGAAAGUAAAAGAUGGAACAGACCACAAAGACAUAGUGAGGGGCACAAAGAGUGCCCAAUAUCACAAUCACAUAUUUGAGAAGGUCAGCCCUGAGAUGCAGGGCUUUGGACUGGAAUGCAGCUGUCUCGGAGGAGGGAAGAUCGAACACAACAGCAAAGAGAAGAAACUCCGAGUGUUUGGUGAAUCUACAGGUUAUGGAAAAGCUGACCAUUCAGUGACUGCUGAAAAGCUGAAGUCUGCCUUUCAAGACUAUGAAAUCAACUGGUCUGAUGACAAAAAGUAGAUGGGGAAUUGCA